AUGGAGGAAGAAAUGAAGAGUUUGAUCAAAGUAGGGGUUUCAACAAUAAUCUCUGUAUCUUACUGUUACUUGUUACCACCAAGAAUCAAAUCUGGUGUUUAUCGAUUAGUCUCUAUAAUCCCGGUCUGUGCUUUGUUAUUUGUUCUUCCUCUCUUCUUCUCCUUUUCAAUUUUAUCUUCCACUUCAGCUUUUUUCUUAUCAGCUAUUGCCAAUUCAAGGCUCAUACUCUUUUCAUUCGAUCAAGGUCCUCUCUUUCCGCUGCCCUCAAAUCUCUUUCGAUUCGCCUGCUUUACUUGCUUCCCAAUCCAGCGUCAACAAAACCCUAAAUCUCAAUACCAUUUCUCCACGUAUGUUUUCGCCGUUAAAGUUGCGAUCUUGGUCGUGUUGUUAUAUGUGCAUAACGACAUGACAAGCCUUCACCCCGCUUUGCUUUUCUGUAUCCAUCCAUUGUAUUUAUAUUUGUUACUUGAGAUUCUCUUAACGCUCUUUAGAAUUCUAAUGACCAUCGUUCUUGGUUGUGACCUAGAGCCACAUUUUUACGAACCAUACUUGGCUACAUCUCUUCAAGACUUCUGGGGUCGCCGGUGGAACCUCAUAGUCUCGGCGACUCUUAGGGCAUGCGUUUACAUUCCUGUGCGGCGUGCUUGCCGACGCGUUCUGAGCUCUGACCAUGCGAUGUUGAUUGCUGUCUUUGGGACGUUCGUAGUCUCUGCUGUGGCUCACGAAGUGGUUUUCUUUUAUAUAACACGUGAGAUGCCUACAGGGGAAGUCGGUUCGUUCUUUGUGUUACAUGGAGUUUGCACGGUGGCGGAAGUGGCUGUGAAGAGGACGGCGUUUAUGCGGCGGUGGCCGGUGAGACCGGUCGUGUCUUGGCUGCUAACGAUGGGGUUUGUAAAUGUCACUGCUGAUUGGCUGUUUUUUCCUCAAUUGAUACGGAGCAACGUGAUGGAGAGAUGUUCCAAUGAAAUCUCCUUGAUCAUUGACUUCUUUAGACGCAACUUAUCUCCUAGUGAUCAAUUGCAUUUCUAA